AAUAGUAAAGAGGAAAUUCCAUAAACGCAUGGAAGGGUAGUUUAACAGCUUGCAGAAGCUCUCUGGCAAAAUUCAAUGGCCGCAGUUUAGAGCCCAACAGAUACUACCCUGAAAAUCAUCGUCGGUUCCUGGAACCCUAUCGAGCUUUUUCUCUGCUUUUUUGGUUCUUUCACUUUCUAGGAAGACCUGUCAUUUGCAUAUUUUCUGGCAUCAUUUUUAUUCAGUUGUUUCUCUCAAUGAGGUGAGACAACUUGGAUGAUGGCAGACUUACCUGGUCAUAUGCGUUUCUGCUUGCAAACUGGAAAACUUGCCUCUCUGGCAAUUUUGGUCUCUGGAGGGAUUGUACUGCAAGUUCUGGCCUGUGCUUUGUACAAUAAUUGGUGGCCAAUGCUAACUUUAAUAACAUAUGUGCUUCUUCCAAUGCCCUUAUUAUUCUUUACCGGAUCUGGUACUUCUGCUCUGAUUUCUGAUUCUGGGAAUAGCUGGGUCAACAUAACCAAGUUCUUGACGGGAGCUUCAGCAGUUGGGAGCGUUGCCAUACCGGUAAUUUUAAAGCACGCUGGAGUUAUCGGAUGGGGAGCACUAGCAAUGGACUUAUCCUCUUUUUUUGUGUUUGUGCUGGCCAUAAUGUGUUACGUUGGAAUGGGAGAUGAAGAUUCUUAUUACAGUAUCCUCUGAGAUCAGGCUAAGGGCCUGGCGUGAUUGAUGUAACAGACUGGAUAUUAGUGCAUUACUUGAGGCUUUCACAUUCUUGAUUUUCUGAGCCUCACUUUGUAUGCACACGUGUGUAUUGUAGAGUAAAUUUAUUCAUUUCUGCUGCCGAGUGAGUGAUAUUUUGUCCAUAUCAUGAGUGCAUUGAUGCCUCUGUGAUGCUCCUAGACAUCUUCUAUUGAAAAAAUGAGGCUUUUUAUUCAAGAGGGUGUUAUUAUGUGUGAUUGGGGAUAAAUGUUUCUUGUAGAGAAUUGUAAACCGCCUAAGGUUCCAUUUGGAUAAACCCUUAUUCUAUUUAUAUUUUGUCCUUUUGGCAAA